AAGUCAGCGAGUCUGCGCGACCUACGUCAGAGCGUGCGUUUCGGAGCGCGAGAGGGGCUCUGAGUCUGCGCGGCGGCUCCCGGGAGUCAGUGAGUCUGCGCAGCGGCUCGGGUUUUGGAGCGUCCGUUAGAGUGAGUGCGUCACAGCGGCCCAGACUUGGAGCCACUGCGGUCACAGUUCGCUUUCCGUUCGCUCGCUCGCCCGACCGACCGCCUGCAGAUAUGGUCAAGAUUGGCUUCAACUCACCCGUCGCACAGAAGGAUGGCAAAGGGGCUCUCCUGGUGCCCGAGCCGGAUCCAGAAGCUGCUGCAGUGUCUGGAGGAGAAAAUUCCACUGGAAGAUGUUUAUUUACCCUUCUUGGAUUGGCUUUCAUACUAUCUGGAUUGAUCAUUGGAGGAGCUUGCCUGUAUCGAUUCAUUGUGCCAAAGAACAAAGUGUUCCAUGGUCGCAUGCAGUACUUGGAUUCUCAUAUCCUAUCAGAUGACCCGGAAACAGAGGCUCCUUAUUCUUUUGCUACAGAAGAUGUCCAGUUCUUGGGAGAUAAUGGGAAUGUGGCAUUUAUUGAUGUUCCAGUUCCAGAAUUUGAUGAUGCUGAUCCAGCAGUCAUCAUUCAUGAUUUUGAAUUGAUCCUGACUGCUUAUCUUGAUCUGAAAUUGGAUAACUGCUAUGUGAUUACGUUGAAUACUUCUGUCGUCAUGCCUCCACGUAAUCUGCUUGAACUAUUCAUGAGACUUGCAACAGGUGACUACUUGCCUCAGACCUACCUUGUUCAUGAAGAUCUGCUGGUGACUGAACGUAUUGACAAUGUUGAUCAGCUGGGUUAUUUCAUCUACCGUCUCUGUUCCGGGAAGAAGACCUAUAGAUUGCAGCACAGAAAUAUGGUGAAAGGUAUCCAGAAACGCUCAACAGAAAACUGCCACAGAAUCAAGCACUUUGCAAAUAACUUUGUGGUUGAUUCCUUGAUCUGUGAACCAUAUGGAAUUUAAAUGAGGGAUGCUAUUUUUACCCAGCUGACUGUAGAAGCUUUCCACGUGCAGUACACGUAACCUAUAAGUAAUAUGUGACAAUCAAAAGCCUUAUUAGCUUUGCUUUGCAGUUUGUAUUCCAGUGCAAAUACUGUUGCUUCACUAAAAGGCUUUUCGGAUGCAGCUUUUGUUUGCACUGUUUAUUCAAUAGAUUUAUUGACAUCUGUUCUUACAAAUUUGCGAUAUAGUUUUUAUUCUUGAUGUAAUCAGACUACUCUAAGGAAAUUAAGAAACGUACUGAUGUCAGCGAAUGGAAAGUCCAUUUUUUCUUUAUGGUAAUAUCUUUCAAAGUGUAAUUCGAAGGAUUGGCAUUCACUUGGAAAGCAGGAUUAGAAUUUGUGCGCCUACUGUAUUGAAAUUGUUUUGUAAUGUAAACAUUUGAAAGUGAGAUUUACCUUGUUUUUGUGAUGUAUCAUGGAGUAGUUUGGUGUUUGCACAAUUGUAUAACAGCCUUGCAUAACAGUGGAGAAUCCACUCAACAAAAAAAAAUUCAAGGUGAUUUUAGACAUUCAACUGUGGUUAAUUCUAAUUCUUACGAUUCAUUAAGUAAAUUCUGCACCCUGUAUGUUGCUAGGGUUUCACUUGGAUUUCAUCUUGAUUUGACAUAAAGGUGGAAAAAUGCAGAACAAGUCAAAUGGGAAGAUAUAUCUAUUUUCCAGCGAUUUUAUUGAACACAGGACUACGUUACAGUUGAGGUUAAAUUUGAAUUACUUACCCUGUGGACUAUGUAAUGUAUUUUCUCAGUAUUGUAACAUUUAUUAAAUGUCCUUAAAAUUAUUGCAGCUUCUUGUUUUCCUAUUCAGUGUUAACCAGAAAAGCUAGUGUGCCAGAAUAGAGUUGUACAACUAUUAGUUCUGAGAUAUGUACUGUAAAUGCAGUUCAUUUGGAAUUGCACUGCAUUUGCGCUAUAUGUAACUUUUAACAAACAAUAUUCUCAAUUGUUGAAAGUUCUGCCCCGUAUCUUGGUUGAUACAAAGAUGGAAAAGAAAUUUUAGUAUUGGCUUUGCACCUUUUAAGAGUCAAGCACAAGAAAGUAGAUUUCUGGACACCAGUCAAACCCUUAAUAAGGUUAUUACAGUUUAAGUAUAUCCCGUCAAUUUCGAUAAUGUCUCAUUGCGGUGGCAAUGCACCUGAGAAUAAUUAGGAACCAAUAGUGAGAUUUUUUUAAUGCAAUCUGGUCUGUUAAAAUUCUCUUUAGAUAUCAGUAGUCAGUAGUUGACUGAUUCAUAGCUUUUCAAUUAGUUUAUUUAUCACCUUCAAAGAAUAGGAGCGAUUUUGUCAACUACAGCUUUCUCUAGAGAUAUACAGAUGUGCUCCACAUCUGGAGAGAUGACCACUGUUCAUUAAAUGAAUAGAAAUACAUUAAAAUGAACAUAUCCUGUAUUCCAGUAUUUCUCACAUUAAUGAAAUCUCAUGUUGUAUCUUGUUUAUUCAGAGCCCAUUCCUGGACAUGCAGUUUAUUCAAGUGAAAUAAGCUUUAUACCUUCCAAUUGUUAUUGACCUAAAGCUCAAAACAAUUGAUCUUUUAAUAUUUUUCUAUUGAACUACAGUAUCAGUCUGCAAUUGCUACCUGAAUAACAUGUUCGAGGUUUGGAAAGUAUUCAAAAUCAUGAGUGGUCUAAGUGGAGUGGUUAAAUGCUCGCUAAUGGUAGAAGUUUGGAGAAAUAUAGGACACUGAUUUAAUGUGGGCUGAAGAAUGAACAGUGAUGGGAGUUUUUUUUAGACACUGGGAACAGUUAGACUCAGGAAUGCAUUGUGGUGGAAGCAGAUAGUUAUGACUUUCAGAUGAAGUUGGAUAAGCAUCUGAAGAGAGAAUUUGCAUGGCCAUGCGGCCAUGAGAUGGAAACAAGAUUAGCUGAUCUGCAUCCCGUCGAUGCAAUGACCAAAAUGAACACUGCCUGUUUUUAAAUGUUGAAUAAUUUUAUGCCUUGAAUAGAAAAUAUAGUUUAACAUGCACACUGCACAUGCAAUGUAUUCUGAGUACAUUAAUAGCCAACUUUUGUGAGCGCAGGGCUUAUGAUUUCAAUCCUCUUUCUAUAAAUGCAGUAACAUUAACAAAGAUUAGAAUGGUAGUUUGAAAUAGUCCAACGUUUCUCUUUUUCUAGUGUCUAAUACCAGACCAACAAUAUGUGCAGGAGUGUUCCUCCGAUGAUCUCAUUUGGUGGCAUACUAUUCAGAGAAAGUUGAAGUAAAUUCCUGGGAGAAUGCUGAUGCCUCUUUUGCUUAAGAUGUUUAAGUAUAUUUCAAAUAGACUUUGAUCAGCAUUAAGUGUGGAUUCACAGUUGCUGUAGUUCUGUGAGCAGUUUAAAGAUUUAUCUUCAAAGCUUAAUGAAUGAUUAAGAGCAAGUAGCAACAGAUGGUGUCAUGUUUUUCUAAAUUUGCAUUAACUGGCAAACCCUCAUACGAGAUUGUAUUCUGUAAAUGGUGGCGUUGUUUUUAAAGGAGCAAACAAAUGGACUGACACUUGAGCAACUUUCAAUAAAACAGUUGAGUUAA